AUGUCUAGAAAAAAUAAUUCCAAAAAAAUAGAACCUUCACAGAAUGAACUUGCAGAGAAAUACCUUAAAAUCAGAGAAGAGGUAUACACCAAGAAAGCCGAGGAUUCAAUAGUCGAUCUAAAAGAAAGCCGAAAAAGAAUUAAAAAGUCAAUUGAAGAAAAUGAAAGAAUCCUUUCACAACAAAUAAAGCCCACCCGUAAAAAAAAACCUAUAGGAGGAAAAGCAAUUCAAGCAAAUAAUUCUCGUUCAAUCACAAAAAUAAGUGAAUUUGAAGCUGGUUAUCCUAAGAAAGAAUAUAAAAAAUAUAUUGAACCAUUCCCAAUCCCUUACGUUAAACCAAUACCAAAAUAUACUCUAUGGACUCCGAUUCUAAAGAAUCUUAAGGCAUUGAUAUUAUUAUUAGAAGAGGAAGACAUAGCAGAAGAGGGAAACAUAAACUAUGAACAGUGUCGUAAUUAUGAUUUGUGGUUGAACUCAAAUGAAUCUAUUAAGUAUGAAGUGAAAAAUAGUAGUGGCCAUGUACCUGACCUUGAAGCAACAAUAAAAAUAGAGUCUGAUGAAUAUGAAUUUUUGUAUUGUGAAUUUGUCCAAUCAACAACUAAACGUAAUGAGAUAGAAUUAUUAAAAAUAAGUUUUUUAAAUGUGUCGCAACUGAAUAUUGUAUACAACAGUCUUGUAAAAAAAAGAAAUAUUCAAAUUCUUGAACAUGAUAUUCCGUAUAUUCAACGUGUCGCAAUUGAUAAAGGUUUUAGAGCUGGCCAAUGGUAUGAAGUUACGUUAAAUAAUAGUAAUGAUAAUCAUAGUAUCAUAACUGACUUGCGAUUGAGAACAAAUAUUGCGAGUAUUUGUGAUAUAAAAACUUUAGCUUUUGAUAUAGAGGUUGCAACACCACCUAAAUUGUUUCCAAAUCAUCAUCGUGAUGAAAUCAUGAUGCUUUCAUAUAUGUUCAAUAAUGAUGGUUUCUUGAUAACAAAUAGAUCAAUUGUUUCAAAAGAUAUUGAUCCCUUAUCAUACUCACCAAUGAAUCAUGAAUAUAAUUUUACAAUUUUCAAUGAGAAGAAUGAGGAAUUAUUAAUCAAAAGAUUUUUUGGGCAUAUAAAAAAAGAAAAGCCAUCAAUAUUAGUCACAUACUAUGGUGAUUUCUUUGAUAUGCCAUAUAUUGAAGGGCGAUUCUCUGCUAAUCAAAAUAGUGAAUAUAAAUCUUCAUAUUGUAUUCAUAUGGAUUGUUUUUGUUGGGUUACUAAAUACAGUGAGCUUCCUUUGGGCUGUCAAGGUCUUAAGCGUGUAACUGAAUCUAAAUUAGGAUACAUUCCUGAUGAAUUAGAUCCAGAUGAAAUAACAAUACUUGCAAAUAAAGAUCCAUCAAAGUUGGCACGGUAUUCUGCUUCAGAUGUAGUUGCCACCUACAUUCUUUUUGAAAAAUGCAUCAAGUCAUUCAUAUUUUCAUUAUCAAGUAUUGUUCCAUUAAAUCCUGAUGAAAUUUUGCGCCAAGAGAAAGAGCUUCUUUGUGAAACCUUGUUAAUGGUUAAUGCGUAUAAUUCUAAUAUACUCAUACCCAAGUCAUACACACCUUGCAAAAGUCCGGAAGAUUCAAAAAAAAGAUCUGACAAAAAUGUUAAAUUUUUUGAUACAGGGGUUUUCAGGUCUGAUUUGCCAGUUAAUUUUAAUCUAGAUCCUAAAACUUUUGAAAAGAUCAUUGAAAGUAUAGAUGAUAUCUUGAAAUUUGCAAUUUUUAACAAAGUAUAUGGAGAGAAUAUAGGAAUGUUUGAUCAAGAAAAAACAGAAAAUUUUAUUAAUCUUAAAACAGUUCAAACAAAUAUUGUGCAGGCAUUGAAAAAAUGUACAACAUCUAAAAGAUUGCCCACUAUCUAUCGUAUAAAUGCUUCUCACAUAAAUCAACACAUUAUUCUGAUGCAUGAAACACGUGCUUUUUAUUUAUCUACUAUAUCAGAAUUAAAAGAAAACUACCAUCACCACAAGAACCAAUUAAAUUAUUGGAAAAUAGAACUCGUUAAAGCAAACCAACAGCAAGAUUUUAUAAAAGUUUUUUAUGUUAUUAGAACAAUUUAUCAUAAUAAUUCAUUACAAUUGGCUUAUAAAACAAUACUAGAUUUAUUUGGUCACUUUGUAAUGCAUAAGGAAUCACGUUGGUAUUUAGAAGAUAUAGCAGAAAAAAUUUUAGCAACUGAUAAUGAUGGUAUAUGGUGUAUGUUACCAGAAUCAUUUCCUGGGAAUUUUACUUUACAAUUAUCUGAUGGGAAUGAACUUUCUUUUUCAUUUCCUUGUUUGCUAAUCAACUAUGUAACUUGGACCAAUCUAAAAGUUGUUAAUCAGCAACGAGACUUUAAUAAUUAUUUUGAAAUUGAUGAUGGAUUUAGAGCAGUUAUUAUGCCAAAGUUUGAUUGUAAUAAUCGCUUAAAAAAUAUCACUAUAGCUUUUACAAAAGCAGGCAGUCUUGAAGAAAAUAAAAAAAAUGAUUUGGUCAAAUUUAAUGAAAAAAACCUGAUGAGGUUUUUUGAAGCAAGUAUUUUGCCAGAAUUUUUGAAAGGAAAUUCAUUGGAGGAAUGUUACUGGCAUGUCAAUAGAUUAUCUGAAAAUUUUCUAAAAAUAAUUAUACUGAAAGGCAAAUCACUUUCAGAUAAUGAGCUGAUUAAAUAUUUUAGUGUAAAAUACAAUGCAAGUCCCACCAUUAAUGACAGUUCAUCAAGAGCUGUGAUAAAUCGUAUGUCAGAGUUCCUAGGUGAUGAGAUUCUUAAAGAAAGCAAGAUAACCUGUCACUUUGUCAUAUCUUCUAAGCCAAGAAAUGCUUUAUUAAGUCAACGUGCAAUUCCAGUAGAUAUAUUUUUUGCUGAAGAAGAAGUCAAAAAAGCUCACCUGAGGAAAUGGCUUGGAGAUCCAGAAAUGGAAUCAUUUGAUGUGCGUGAAAUAAUACAUUGGGGGUAUUAUAUGGAAAAGCUUAAAUUAUUAAUAGAAAAGCUUGUGAUAGCUCCUGCAUGUCAUCAAAUGAAUCGAACUGAUGAUAAAGAAAAUGUAUUUAGCUUUGAGAAUCAAAAGAAAAGGGUUAAAUCUUUUUCUACACUACCACAAGUCAAAAGAACUAAAAAAUAA